CUGUCGACUCCUGUCUGUAAAGACAGGUGAGAGGUAACAAGUUGAGAGGUCGGCUUCAGCUAGCUAAACGUUAUGGCUGAUGCUGCAAGUUUCUGUUUUAAUAGUAAGUAAAUGCUUUCGUAUAAAGCGAAGCUGCCUCGGCUCCGUAAUUAGAGCAGCAAAUACUUCACGAAACAAAGCGGGUGCGAGGCAGUUUCAGCCGGUGUUCUACCGGCGCCAGCUCUCGUGUUCUGGCGGAGCUCCUCUUGCUAAUGUUUGCUAGUUAGCUAGCUGCUAGUAUGUCGCAACCCAGCGUUUGGACUUACCGGAGCUAACGUGACUAGCACACCCGCACCGAUCGUUGAUUGUGAAGGAUAAGCACGAAAGAAUGAAUAUUUUGGUCCAAAUUUCACAAUGAUGCAAAUGGAUUUCAGUAGAAGUCAGUGAAACGCUGAAAAACUGGUUUCUGAAAUUGCAAGAUGGCUGUGUCAGUGCGGGGCCUGUACUUUGUGGUGACCCUGUUUUUGGGUAGUUUCUUCGGGAGCGUCUUCAUGCUGGGACCAGUUUUACCCCUCAUGUUGUUGUCUCCUGCUUGGUACCGCUGGCUCACUGAUCGAAUUGUGGCUACCUGGCUCACCCUACCUGUGUCCUUGCUGGAGCUAGUAUUUGGAGUGAAGGUGGUAAUAACAGGUGAUGGUUUCAUUCCCGGAGAGCGGAGCGUGAUCAUCAUGAACCACCGUACCCGCCUGGACUGGAUGUUCCUUUGGUGUUGUCUGCUCAGGUACAGCUACCUUCGUCUGGAAAAGAUCUGCCUCAAGGCUGCGCUUAAGGCUGUUCCUGGCUUUGGUUGGGCAAUGCAGGUUGCCUGCUUUGUCUUCAUUCAGCGUCGUUGGGAGGAGGACAAGAAGCAUUUGGAGAACAUGCUGGACUACUUUUGUGACAUCAGAGAGCCCUUGCAGUUGCUGCUCUUCCCAGAAGGCACCGACCUUACCGAAAAUACAAGGGCAAAGAGCGACGCGUUUGCUGCACAGAACAGCCUGCCGAAGUUUGAGUAUGUUCUUCAUCCCCGCACCACAGGAUUCACCUUCAUUGUGGACCGACUACGAAAAGGUGAUAAUUUGGAUGCCGUCCAUGACAUUACAGUCGCCUACCCUAAGAACAUCCCACAGACAGAACGCCACCUCGUAUCCGGCCAUUUCCCACGUGAGAUCCAUUUCCAUGUCCGGCGCUAUCCAGUGUCUGCACUUCCCACCUCGUCCUCUGACUUAGAAUCUUGGUGUCGGGAGCGCUGGGCGGAGAAGGAGGUCCGGUUACGGGACUUUUACUCAGGGCAGCCCCGCGCCUUUGACAGGGAUGGCGUUGCACGAGUACCACCCUGUAAGUCAGAGCUGCGAGUUACUCUGAUCAAAGCGGCCUCGCUGCUGUAUUGGAGCAGCUUCAUUGCUCUGUGUUUCACUGGCCUGUGGCUCUGGGCUCCUUUCAGGCUUUACUUCCUGAUCAUGGUUGGAGUGUACAUAGCUCAGCACAAGCGCUUUGGAGGGCUUGAGAUGCUGGAGAUGGCCUGCCAUCGAUACUGGAAGUCGAUGUCUGCUGACGUCAGUGAGAACAAUAAAUUGCUAGAUGGAAAAAUGAAGUGAGGAAAUACAGUUGCGAAUGAACAAUGACGUGUUACCACCUGUACUCAGCAAAGACUGAGGACUCAUUUGUCUACACUUGUUCAGUCCAGUGAGCUAAAGGAUCCCAUGGUGGAACCUAGUGCUCCAUGCCUUAGAAAGACAAAAAUAAGUGCACCCACGAUGGUAUGCAUGGCUUCAGUGGAAAGAGCUUUCUGGGGGGGGGGAAGGAAUGUUAACCAUAUUAAACUGUGUUGGGUUUAGGGAAUUCAUCGUAAAUGAUGUUUCACUUGCCCUUUCUGUGACUUUUCUUGUGUAAUCACUGUUAUUUAGCUUGCCGUCUGUCCAUUUUUAUCCGUUUCAUGUAGUAGGUGUUUAUCAUGGUUUGUUGUUUGGGACCUCGGUAUGGACCUGUGUCAGAAAAUACUGCUGUUGGUAUUUGUCAUACUUGUUAGAUAUUCAUAUUUUUGAAAUGUAUUUUAUUGUAUGCUGUAAUAAUUUUUUUUAAUCCUGAAUGGAGCAGAGCCAUAGUACAGAACGUGUAUGUAUGAUGAUUUGACUUCUGCUAAUAUUCACAUUAGCUGGAUUGUUUAAAUCAAUCAGCUUCUGUUAGAAGUGUUCAGCAAGGG